GCCCUCUUGGCCUUCUCUUUCCAUCUACCUCACUUUUUCACUCCGUGUCUGCAGUCCUUUGCCUCUUCUGGUAAACAUCCUCUUGACAACACACUUAGCUAUCCCGUCCGUUCUACCUAGAACGACCACUUCUGACUCGCCUGCUCAACACAGCAGAUCUCUUCUCAUUUGUCAUUGUCCGCAGUCAUCAUUCUAAUCACUUGUACUUGGGCUUUGUGUGCUACAACAAAGGAUCCCCUGAUCUGAACCCAGAUGCCAGUAAGACAAGGCUCUCGGUCGCAGGAUGGUAGGACAUUUCCAGCCCUUUCGAAGCCAUCAUUGGCUCUCUCACCGUCUCUAAUUGCUGCCUUCAGAAGUAGAAGCCCAAAACCACGCAACAGACAUGAUGCGUCCACGCUGGCUCGCCCAACUCCUUGCUGUCUUUCGACCUUUUUGGGCGAUACUAUGGUGGCUGCUGACGGCAUUGGUAUCCCUUUUCAAAGUACCCCGUAUUUAUUCAGGUUGCUGGGUUCAAAAAGCGGUAUCUUUAAGCCCAGAGCACCCUCAUGACAGAUCCCAGCGCAAUGAGUCAUCGGUCAACGGCUCUCAUACACAUGGUAGAGCAAGCGUGGGCGAGGUAGCAUCUGUUCCAAACGAGCAGCACCUAGCCAAAGGACCUCCCAUGCACACAGAUUCAGGCGAGUCGAGUCCUUCGGACCAACAACUACCGAGUAGUGUUCCGUCUAGCGUGCUCACUCCGAGUGAAACACCCAGUGGGCACGACACCGCCAGCACAACCCCUCUGUUGCCGAAUGAUCAGCCACAGUCCGGAGUUAUCACUGACGAGAAUGAGUCCGCACGGCUCGAAUUCACCAGAAACGGCUAUCUGAUAACCAGAAGUCAAGAGAAGAAAGGUGUGAGAAUCUCCAUGGAUACGCAGGCCGAGGUCAGCAUCAUACGAAGUGUCAUUUUUGACAAACUCGGCCUACCGCUGGAGCCUUGCAAGGAGUCCCUGAUGCCAUUCCGAAUAGCCGGGGACACAACCCGCAUUCCAACGAUCGGAAAAGUUUGUGUGGACUGGCGCUUUGCGCAGGGUCGCAAAACUUACCAAACGGACUUUUAUGUGGUCGAAAAUGAUCAAUUUGACGUGUUGAUCGGCUUGCCCACGAUCUCGCGAUACAAGCUGCUGCAACCAAGUUCCGACAUCCCCACGGCUAUGGUGCGCAAUCAUCUUGAACAAAAAACGAUGGUGAAAAUGCUUCAACCUGUGAGGCUAUGCCCCCUAUAAUCUAAGUCGACAGGCUGUGUUGAUUGUGUGCAGUCCUGAAUCCAUUUUUGUCCUGCGGGGUUGUGCGGCUGGUCAGCUUUCGUUUAUCAGUUGCACGAGGUGGCGGCGGCGGCGGCGGCGUGAAAACCACGUCAAGUGCAG